AUGUUCGUUUCUUUCUUUCUUUCUUUCUUUCUUUCUUUCUUUCUUUCUUUCUUUCUUUCUUUCUGUCCAUUUCUUUCUUUCUUUCUGAUCGUUUCUUUCUUUCUUUCUUUCUUUCUUUCUUUCUUUCUUUUUUCUUUCUUUCUUUCUUGCUUUCUUUCUUUCUUCCUGUCCAUUUCUUUCUUUCUUUCUGAUCGUUUCUUUCUUGUUUGUUUCUUUCUUGUCGUUUCUUUCUUUCUUUCUUUCUUUCUUUCUUUCUUUUCUUUCUUUCUUUCUUUCUUUCGUUUUUUUUUAUUUAUUUAUCUCUGUUCGUUUUUUCUUUCCUUCUUUCUUUCUUUCUUUCUUUCUGUACGUUUCUUUCUUUCUUUUUUUUAUCCUCCUCUUUUACUACGUAUUUCUUUCUUUCUUUCUUUCUUUCUUUCUUUCUUUCUUUCUUUCUUUCGUUCGUUCGUUCGUUCUUUCUUUCUUUUUCUUCCUUCGUUCCUUCCUUCCAUCCAUUUCUUCUUUUGUUUUAAUACCUCUUUCUUUCUUUUUUCUUUUAUUUUUCAAUUUUUUUCUUCCCACCCUAAUGCUCCGCUCCCACCUUUUUCAUUUUUCAAUAUCUUUUCUUACUUCCCCAAUUCUCCGUUUCUUUCUACCACAACCUCUUUCCUUUUCCUUGCUUCCUUUCCUUCGUUUCAUGUCGAUCAUCUACUGCCCCAUCUCUUCAGAUGUCCAUUUGGCAUGAACCAACCAAGCGUUUCCGGACGCCAAUGA